AUGUUUAAAAUAAAACUAGAACCUUUAAAAAUGACAGCUUGGACUCUGAAUGUGUUCGUAAAGUUUCGGAAUAAGUAUUCAGCUCCCAGCAGCAUUGCCAUCAUGGGGAAGGACUAUUACAAGAUUUUGGGCAUCCAGUCCAGUGCCAAUGAGGAUGAAAUCAAGAAAGCCUACCGGAAAAUGGCCCUGAAGUAUCACCCUGAUAAGAAUAAAGACCCCAACGCCGAGGAGAAGUUCAAGGAGAUCGCGGAGGCUUACGAUGUCCUGAGUGACCCCAAGAAACGAGCCAUUUAUGACCAGUAUGGGGAGGAAGGUCUCAAAACUGGAGGUGGCUCUUCAGGUGGCUCAGGGAACACUUUCCACUACACCUUCCAUGGAGACCCCCAUGCCACCUUUGCGUCCUUCUUUGGAGGCUCCAACCCUUUUGAUAUCUUCUUCGCUAGCAGCCGCUCCCGGGUGUUCAAUGGCUUUGACCAGGAAGAUAUGGAUAUCGAUGAUGAUGAUGAUCCUUUCAGUGCCUUCAGCCGGUUUGGCUUCAAUGGCAUUAAUGGGGUUCACCGGCGGCACCAGGAGUCCCUGCACAUGCGGAGAAAGGUCCAAGACCCACCCGUCAUCCAUGAGCUCAAUGUGUCCCUGGAAGAGAUCUACCACGGCUCCACCAAGAGGAUGAAGAUCACCCGCAGAAGGCUCAACGCUGAUGGCCGAACCAUGCGGACUGAGGACAAGAUCCUAAACAUUGUCAUCAAACGGGGUUGGAAGGAGGGAACCAAAAUCACAUUCCCCAAAGAAGGGGAUGCCACCCCAGACAACAUCCCUGCUGACAUCAUCUUCAUCCUCAAGGACAAGCCUCACUCACACUUCAAGAGGGACGGGACGAACGUGGUCUACACGGCAAACAUCAGUCUUAAAGAGUGUAUUCACAUGUGGAAGUGA